AUGCGCUUUAGCAGGAUUCCAUAUACCUAUCAAUUCCGGAAUAAACUUGAACAAAGAGGGUACAAGAAAGAGGAUGCAUCGAAUUCUACGCCAAUCGGAACGAUCCCAGAACAGAACCCUCACGAAAAAGAGGAGCAAUCAGAGAAUGUGAAAGUUACACAAAAGCUGCGUCAACGUCGCAGAAGACAAGCGCUGUUUCCAGGUGCUAUUCCGAAUGUCCCAGUGCCACAACCACCUCUACCGCAGUUGCCAGGUUUUACCGGUCAACAACUUCCACUACAAUUACCGACGCCAAACCUCUCCAGUGCCCCACUUGUUCCGGCCGGAAUACCUGGGUUUUACCAACCAAAAAGUGCAUCGCAACCACUUACGUUACCUAAUCAGUCUGGAGGUAUACCACCACUACCGACAAUGGCACCUAUCCUAGCUGAUCCACAUGUACUUCCUCAGCCGUUCAAUCCACUACCGUUGUCCCCGCUACAAGGUCAACCAAUUAACCCACAAAUCCCUCAAAUGCCAAUCCUUUCAUCACAGACAUCUGCACUUCCAUUGCCGUUAUGGUACGGUGAUCUAGGUAGAUUGCCCGGACAGCCCGCACCAUUUUUACCUCAACUGCCUGCUGCUCCCUCUGCAGGCAGACCGCCCCUUUAA